CGGUCCCGGGUUUGGCUGGUCCUCUUUCUGGUGUACAGCUGGCCCUGAUGUCGAGGAGAGAGGCAGCAGCACUUUUCUCUAUCUGAUUCUGUCUCUAGCUCUACAGCCUUGGAUCUGCAGUUCAACAGUCUGAUCGGACUCCUACUCCUCUACACCUCUGGGAUCCUCAGGACCUCGUAUUGGAGACAGGCUGGUGAAUGGUUGUCAACAAACAAGGAGACAAGCUGGUGAAUGGUUGUCAACAAACAAGGAGAGAGGCUGGUGAAUGGUUGUCAACAAACAAGCAGAGAGGUCAAAAUGGAACCAAUUAGGAAAGACAUGGAGCUGCUAAGUAACAGCAUGGCUACCUAUGCUCACAUCAAAGCUAACCCAGAGAGCUUUGCUCUGUACUUCAUGAUGGGUGUGUGUUUUGGCCUGCUCCUGGCCCUGUGCCUCCUGGUCACCGGCAUCACCUGUAGGACCCGCCGUAACAAUAAGCCUUCCCCCUCCCCAGAGAGGAGACAACUGAGGGAGUCCAGUGAAGAAGAGGAGGAUGAGGAGAGUGUGGAUGUGGACGAAGGGGAGGAGGCAGAGAUCCCUAAAGUGACGGUUGCGCCCAUGAGCGACCGCAGCAGCCAAUCGAACGGUACUUUGAGGAGCGUGAAUGUGUUUGCGUCGGCGGAGGAGCUGGAGAGGGCGAGACGACUGGAGGACAGGGAGCGCAUCGUCAGGGAGAUCUGGAGGAACGGACAGCCUGAUAUACUGACCACUGGAACAGGGACCAUCGGACGGAUACACUACCACUAACGGACUAAAGUGACUAAAGGACCUAAAACACAUGGUCUGAACCCUGAACUAAUUAGGAUUGAUCUACUCCAGACAAACACUGUAGCUGACUUUAUUAGGCUGGCACAGAUUCAUCUUCAACUUUUAAUUCAAUUAUUUCUUUAACGUUUUUUUUGUACAAACUUAUUUCAUUAUCAUUCAUGUACAGUUGUGGCCAAAAGUUUUGAGAAUGACACAAAUAUACA